AUUGGGCAUACUGCCACCUUUACCUUUGUCCAGCAAUAAAUUAACCGCUUCUAACAACAACAACGAACACAGCCAGAAGCAAGUCUUUCAGUCACAACACCAACAACAACGGCAACAAACACAACAACAGCGUCGGCAUGAAACAUCACCUAAACGUUUUAGUUCAUCACUUGGCAGUGACAACAGUACACGUGAAUCCGAAUAUAGCGAGGAACAUAGCAGCGGCUCACCAAUAUCACGCUCACCACCAAUCGUUAAACCAUUACCACAACCGACCAAUGAACUAUUUGAUUCAUUAGCUGCCGAGCUGCGUGCUAAAUUAAAUGGCAAUGGUCCUCCGUUGUUAUUGCCCCCACGUGAUUAUGAUACCGUACAUCGCUCUAAGGGGAAUCUAACAGCAAUUGAAUUGCGUCGUUGUCGGAAUGCAUUGAUUGUGGGCGGUCCGACAGUUAAUUCUCCAACAGCGCAAACUGCAGCUACAAAUGGCAAACAAGUAUCAUCACGUGGUUCAUCUGGCAUCGGUUCUGAUUUAGCACCUAGCCCAGAGCGUCAAGAACUAAAUAGCUCAAGUGAUGAUGAACACUGGUCAAAUGAAGCAGAUAACUCUGUUAUUGCUUUGAAACCUUCUCAAAUACCUGUUGAACGUUCUAUACCAAUUAUACCACAUCAUCCACUACUGAAUCGUAAAAGUGCUAUACAACCUCCGGAGGAUAGUUAUUUACGCGAUUUACCAGCUAAACCAUACGUGCCUCGUUCAACUACAAAUAACAACAACAGUAAUAACAACAAUCGCGACAAAAUAGUCUCAAACCGAAUAAUUAAUGAACGUGAACAACGUUCAAAGACUCCUUCAUCUACUUCUUGGUCUAAGGAGGAUGAAAUUAAGCCCAUCAUCAUGCGUCCUGCUGAUUACGAUGCAAAAUUUAAUCGUGUCAUGCAAGCCGAACAAAAGCCCGAACAUAAUCGCCGUCACGACGCAGCCCCAAGGGAACAUGCUAAGUUGCAUGAUACUGAUAAAUAUAACGAAAUUAAUCGCUUGCUGAAUAAAAAAUUGUCUUUAGAGCAACGACCCAAACAUAAAAGUAAUGAAGUUGAAGAUUUCGAUGAUUCUGAUCCUUCAAUUGAUCAAGUACCGCCACAUGCACCAUCUAGUUAUCGCAAGGAAAAUCUAACAGAUAAGCAGAAAUUUUUGGAAUACAAUUCUAAAAAGCAAACUAAAUCGUAUGCCGCAGAGGAGGUGCAAAGAUAUGGUGGUCGCCAUCGAUAUGUUGAUCCAGCUGAUUUACCUUUUGAUCAACCAACACAUAACAAAUAUGCUGCUGUACAUCACACCACUCACUCACCAGAACGUGCACCGGUUGAACCUGAACAUCGAAAUAUCUCACGCGAAAAAGAACGCUACAGAGAACGUGAGCGCGAACGUGAACGAGAUAAUGAACGCGGACGCGAUCGAGAACGAGAUCGUGAACGUGAACGAGAGCAUUUCUCACGCAGUAACGAACGCAAUCCCUAUCGCGAACCAGAAAGCAUACCUUACAUACAAAGCAUGGAAAAAAUGAUGAAAUCCUCCGCUAUGCGUUAUAAAUCAUUCGAAGGAGUUUCUGAAUCUGUCCCUUCAACUAAAGAAGAAGCACACACAAAAGUAAGCCAACGUAGCAAGUCAUAUCCAAAGAACGAUGAUGACAAGAUAGAAUAUAAUAGAGGAAGGUCAGAGUAUGCAGCAUCUGCAAGCAGUAAUGUUUCACCAAAAGAACGAUUUAAGGAUGCAAAAGAUAAGUUUCGCGCAAUGGAACGUAAUGGGAGCAGAUAUGAUUUAGCAGAUGAAAAUGACGGUUCAGAAUACAAAUCACGUCGACAUGGUUCAAGAGAACGGUCUGAUAAAAUACGUACUUAUGACAAUUGGAGUGAUGAUGAAUAUUUAGAUGAUGCACCACCAGCACCGGUUAGUAGAUCACGUAGUCAAUGGGAACAUCAAAGUAGUAAAUCUCGUGAUCGAACAGAUUUUGCACGCGAAAAUUCUAGAGAACACAUAAGAGAACGUGAACGUGAUACACGAGAUCAUAGAGAUUAUGGUCGCGAUAAUCGACAGCGAGAACCUUCUAGCAAGCGUUCUGACCCAAAAGACAUACGUGAAUAUCCAAGAGAACCAUAUCGUGAACAUCGUUACGAACAACGCAGUACGCCACGAGAUGCUGCACCAAUACGAGAACACAAAAGGGACUCAUCACGCGAAUAUAUUAGGGAGCAUGUCAAACGCGAUUACUCUCCAGAUGCUCGUUCUGAUCAUCGUUCAGAUUAUACUGUUCGUUCAAAUGAAAAACAACGUUUAGCACACCCACAUUCCGAAAAAUAUCCAUCUUCGCCGCCAAGCAAUGGAGCGCCUAUUUCAAAUGGUAAAAAUCUUUCUAAUCUUAAUAAAGGUUAUCGUCACAGUUAUGCAGAACCUGUUUUCGCUCGUUCAGGCGGUCGAGUGGGUUUGGCUGCUGUUAAUCCCUAUUGAAUAUAGGUGCAGAAUUUAAAUGGAAAACCUUUAUUAUACAAUAAGUUUAUAAAAUAUAAUACUAAUCACUUAAAUGUU